AUGAUGGCGACAGGAACAUCAUGGGAAACUGCUGCCAAAGCAAAACGUGAAUCUAUUCUCAAUCUCAUCCCCGAGAAAUGGCGAAUUCCGACCCCACUUCCCCCGGCUAGUGAGUUACGGGAUGUGACCACGUAUAUCCAGCAGUUCCUUUCCUCCCGAGAGAUUCAAAUCACGGAAUUGGAUAUCGUCAGUCUGGCGCGGCGCACCACCACUGGGCAAUGGACUGCUGUGGAGGUGACGGAAGCGUUUUGCCACAGAGCAGCUCUUGCACAUCAAUUUGUCAACUGUUUGCAUGAGAUAUACUUCGCUGCUGCCCUGAAGGACGCACAGAAGCUCGACGCGUACUUCGCAGAGCACAAAAAGCCGCUAGGACCCCUUCACGGUAUCCCUAUCAGUUUAAAAGACCAGUUCCAUGUAAAGGGAGUUGACACCACCAUGGGCUAUGUUGGUUGGAUUGGCACUUUCCAGGGCCAGCCAGGGGAUCCUCGACGACUCGUCUUUGAAAGUGAACUGGUCAGAGAACUCCGCUCUGUUGGUGCCGUGCUUCACUGCAAGACAAGCGUUCCUGCAACUCUAAUGUGCGGUGAAACAGUCAACAAUAUCAUUGACUACACUUGGAAUCCAAUGAAUCGCCAUCUAUCUGCUGGCGGGAGCUCUGGAGGCGAAGGUUCCUUAAUCUUACUGAGAGGAUCUGCGGGCGGGUUUGGCACUGAUAUUGGCGGCAGCGUGAGAAUCCCAGCUGCUUUUAACGGCAUUUAUGGCAUCAGGCCGUCAGCAGGCAGAAUCCCCUACGAAGGCGCGGCUAAUUCUAUGGAUGGCCAAAACUCCUUAAACUCCGUUGUCGGUCCCCUUGCCACCACUGCAGGCGGGUUGAAGCUCUUGUUCCAGUCUAUACUCAGCCAGAAGCCAUGGCUUCAGGAUCCAUUGGCAGUUGAGCUACCAUGGCGGGAUGAGGUAGAGCAGGAAGUGUUAAGUCUUAUUAAGAAUUCCGCUGCGGGACAAGGCCAGCUUUCGUUCGGCCUCAUGAGUUCAGAUGGUUACGUUCAGCCGCUUCCUCCCGUUGCUAGAGCGUUGCGAAUCAUGACAGCUACCCUAAUGAAACUUGGACAUAAGGUCAUUGAAUGGAAGCCACCCUCACACAAAAGGGCCGAGGAAUUAGCAAUCACCAUAUAUACCCUCGACGGCGGUACCGAUGCACAUUAUCAAUUUAGUCUAUCAGGCGAAGCCCCCAUACCCGAACUAUCCGUCUUUUUCAGCGGUGUCCCAAAUCCGCAAAAGACCGCCCACCAAAUCGCAGCAAUCAACGUCACCAAACGUGAAUAUCAGAAAGAGUACAUGGAAUACUGGAAUAGUACCGCAGAGUUGACGGGAACAGGCCGGCCCGUUGAUGGCCUUUUAUGCCCCGUAGCCGUAUUCCCCGCAGCACGAAGAGGCAAAACCAACUACCUCAACUAUACCAUGUUUGUGAAUGUGCUAGAUUACAGCUCUAUCGUUAUCCCAGUGACAACAGCUGAUAAAGCGGUGGACAUCCUGGAUGCUGGCUAUACGCCGUUGAAUGAUACGGAUAAGGCGAUUCAUGAUGAAUAUGACGCGGAGAUUUAUGAUUGUGCCCCUGUGGGCCUACAGCUUGUUGGGAGGAGGUUCCAGGAAGAGAAAUUGAUUGCACUUGCGGAAUAUUUGGGAGAGGAAGUCAAAAGAAUAUAA